AUGAUAACAGUUGCUACUCGACCCGAUGGCAAAGACCAUAUAAUUGGAGAUGCUUGGAAAAAUACAGAGGGUAUGAUAAAUGUUGAAGUUGAGGACACCUUAGACAGAAAGAAAUGGAGGAAGCUCAAGCCAGAGAAUGGUCAUACCACUCCAGAUGAAAAAGAAGAACAGCUUAUAACAAAUUUAACAAAAUCAAAAUUUCUAUAUGCUCUAAAAUUAUUUUUUGAAAACCUACAAAAUAAAUUUUCAUCUCGAAUUUUAGUGGAUUCAUUAAAAACUAUAUUUGCAGAUUUUCAUGUUAUUGAAGAAGGACUUGUCGGCCUUAAGUCAAAUCUGCGUGAUGAUGAAACUUGGUUUAAAGAAAUAUUAAGAAGGGCUAAAGAUUUGCUGAAGACUAUUCUAAACAUUACACCAGGAAUCACAAAUAUUGUAGCACCCGGUUAUUCAGAAAGAGAGUGGAAUAAUUUUGUUGAUAAAACUAUGUUAGUUUUACAAACUUUAUUUGAUGAUGUAUCAAAUAAACUCGACAAGGCUUUAAGAAACACAGGAGGUUUUUUAAACGACCUUGCUGGAAAUGAACCACUCGCGUUACUGAAUAUGUUAUGGUUUGGAAUAUUGGAAGAUAAUGAUUCAAUAUCUCAUUUUACAAAAUCAUAUAAUAUUGAUCCUGAGAAUACCCAUAUUUUAUUUGCCAAAGCUAUCACUCAUUAUGAACUUCAAGAAUAUGAAAACGCACUAUUUGAUUUUAAUAAAUUGAUAAAAUUAGGUUUUUCAAAUAGUUAUUCGUAUUAUUAUAAAACUUACAUUAAAGAUAAUUUGCCGAAAAUUAUUUUUAAAUAUUUUGAUGAAGAAGAAUUCAAUAAUGGAAACAUUUUGGAUGAAAAUUUAAUGCAGUAUAUUUAG